AUGGCACCCAAGGCCGAGAAGAAGCCCAAGGUGGAGAAGCGCGUGCCCGGGAAGGAGGGCGAGACUAGCAAGAAGAAGGCCAAGAAGAGCAACGAGACGUACAAGAUCUACAUCUUCAAGGUGCUCAAGCAGAUUGACCCGAACAUGGGUAUCUCCUCCAAAUCAAUGUCCAUCAUCAACUCCAUCAUCAACGACAUCUUCGAGAAGCUCGCCGGAGAGUCGGCAAAGCUCGCACGCUACAACAAGAAGCCCACCAUCACCUCUCGGGAGAUCCAGACUGCCGAUGCUUUAACUCAGGCCGAGCCCCAGGUGGUCGACUUAAAGACCAGGCUUGAGCAACAAGAAGCUGAAACAUGCGAAGCUGACUCCAAGCUUAAGCUUGGUCUAGAGAAGAGCGAGAAGAUCAGAGCUGGGUUUUCCACAUAA